AUGAUCACCACUUUUCUGGACAGUCUGAGCCCUGCUUCAGGGAAGGACAGGGCAUCCUUCGAGAAAAUGUACCAGCUGGGGUCUGUCCUGGGACGAGGCGGAUUUGGUACAGUCUACACGGCACGAGGACUCACGGACCACGUACAGGUGGCAGUGAAGCAUAUCCUGAAGAGUCGUGUGGUGGAAUGGGCACAGCUGGGUAAAUUCUCUCGUGUGCCCAUGGAAGUGUAUCUGAUGCUGAAAGUCAAAGGUCACAAGGGCAUCAUUGAGCUACUGGAUUGGUUUGAAACAACGGACAGUUUCCUGCUGGUGAUGGAGAUGCCGGAACACUGUCGGGAUUUGUUUGAUGUGAUCACAGAACAAGGGCCCCUGGAGGAGGUGAUAGCGCGAGGCCUGUUCCGGCAGGUGGUGGAGGCGGUGCGGCACUGUCACAAUCAUGGCAUCACACACCGCGAUAUCAAAGACGAGAACCUUCUAAUCAAUACUCACAAGGGAGAGGUCAAACUCAUCGACUUCGGCUCUGGAGCUUUGCUGCAGGAUUCCUUCUACACUGACUUUGAUGGAACCAGGGUGUACAGCCCUCCUGAGUGGGUGGCGUUCCAUAAAUACAAGGCCGUUCCGGCGACAGUCUGGUCUCUGGGCAUCCUGCUGUUCGAUAUGGUCUGCGGAGACAUUCCCUUUGAAAGAGACCAGGAAAUUCUACAAGCGCAGCUAAACUUCAGGACCAAUGUGACCCCAGAAUGUGAAAAAUUGAUCCGAUGGUGUUUAUCCACACGCCCUUCAGAGCGUCCCUCUCUUGAACAGAUAGUUCAGCAUCCCUGGAUGAAAGAAGACCGUACGUAAAAACAAAGCAGAAGGCCAGAGACUUUAAACACACUACAGAGGCCGUUUCACUAUUGUGCUCUGCCUGUAGGGGGCACCACCCACUGCUCAGGACAAUGGACACUGCAAAUGGCGUUCUGCCCACAGCUUGCCGUACUAGUAGCAGUGAUAUUGUAGCUCUGAUGGGUAAUAUUAUUAGCUGGACUGACUUGUGUGUCCUCAUCAGGAAGUCCCGAAUAUUGCACUAACAGUGUGUGUCGCACCUAGCCGUGACUCAUAGCUUGUGUCAGCUCAGGGAAACUAGGUGUGUUGGGUAACCUGGUUUUACAGGACGGUCUUCCUAUGAAACAGGAUUGCCAAAGCAAUCAUUGCGACAUGCAAGAGUCCUAAACUAUAGGUGCCGGGCUUUAAGGGGAAACCUAAUCGGCCCCUUUAAACUCCAUCUUGAAUUCAAAAACAACUGCAAAAGAGGGACAACUUUAUUGUGGCAUUGUGGAGGUGA